CCAUGAUAGGACAGCCCCGGAGAUCAACUACUGGACAACCUUCCCGAAAUGGGUUUGGGCUCAAAUCGAGGAUGGCGUGAAGGCACAGCGCUACAAUCGCAUCUUCUUCGCUAAUCAAGAUACCCUUGGAACCAUCCCCUCCCCAGCUCUCAUUCAUGCCUUCUUCCCCUCACUACCUUCAACGUAUGCUAUCUUGCUCAAGAUGAUGCUGACGACCCUCGUCAAGCGGUUCCCGCUUCACCCUCCAGAGAUUGCUGAGUUGGAAUUACCGGACUUCAACUCCUAUGCGGCGCCCACUGCAGAGAUUCGCCGAUUCGUGAGUAUGGCUAGCCAAGAAGCAGGAGGUGUUGCGAGCCAUGCUGAUGGUCGAUCCUCAGAUGCGAUCAUUCAUCUAUCUCCAUAUGCCCGACUAUUUCUACCGGUUGUCCUACUUCUGGAUUCCUUUCAUCGCCAUCAUCUUUCUGCUCGCCUUUGCGACGUUGAUGCGCAGAAUCUACCUCGGACAGCUAUGGGUACUACGAAUGCAAACGGCGCCGAACGGUCAGAUCUUUUUCGCCCCGCACACCAUCAAUGCCUUUGUUGUCUUCGACAUCUUCUAUGCCGGCGGUUGUGUGUUUUUCCUGGUUCACAUGAUUCUCAUGUUCCGCUUCAACUACAACCCGAUUUGGCUGCCCUACUGGCUCUCCUUUCUUUGGCUUGCCGUCGCGACGGCUGGAUGGUAUUCUGCCUGGGGCGUCUUCUACACUUCACCGUCAAUCUUUUCCCUUCGCAAUCGUGCCAAGAGCUUCUGGGACCCCCGCUGGUGGAUGCCCACACCAUUCAUCAGCAACAUCAUCAUGUUCGUUGGCCCUCUCGUCUUGAUCGCUCUGGUCGUCGGCAUCUCGAUCCCAUGGCUCAAGUACUACGGAGAGAGCACCCAUAUGUUGCAAAGCUGGGACAAAGCCUUCGGGAUGCAGCAAGACGACGCAGCCAUCACAGCCGAACAGCGGGCAGGGGCACUGGUCAUCUGGGAGCAUUUUGAGUUGUGCUUCUGGUGGGGAUCCAUCGUCUUCCUCAUUUGGUGCCUCUUCGCAUGGCUAUUUGGUCUAUUUUACUUUUGUUCCGGUCUCUUCCUUAUCAGGACAAUCCUGUCUCAGAUCAACAUACAGAAAACGUUGGGCACCGACGCCAUCAGAGCGCAGGCUGCAGCGGAUGUUGUCGGCCCGAAACCCCUAUGGACGACGACAAAGACUGCUGUCGACGACGAACUCAAGGUUGCUAGCCCAGGCUUACACGAGGGAAGUCCUAACGACAGAAGGGAGAGUGCCUCGACAAGGGACACCUUACGCGUAGAUGGGCCGGAAGCCGACGAAAGAAAGUCGCUGGCCAAGGCCGAGGCUGAGCGGAGGAGGACAGCGGCUCUUCAGGCAAGGACGCUCCUCGACGACGAGGCUGCGGCCAUUGCUACGUCGCACUUUUUCCCAAGCCUGCGUGCCGACGUUGCCACUCGUGAGGAAUUGGCCCAGCGGAGCUCCGACACAAAGGUCAAGCUGUUGCAAAAGGCCUUGCACAAUCUCGCAUGGAUGUGGGGCGGCGUUAUCGUUGCCAUCAUCAUUCUGGCUGCCUGCGCUACCGUGGCCGCGGUCGCCUUCGUUCCACGGUCGGUAAAAGGGCCCCAAGCAUGGAACGACUUGUUGUUCGGCCUCGUUCAGGCAAUCCAGUGGCUCAACUGUGUCUGCGGCAUCAUCAUCUUCAUUCUCAUUGCCACCCAAGCCUUUGAGCCUGUCAUUGAAGGGCUGCGACGCAGCAAUGCAAACGACGACGACUUGGAAUCAAGAGGCCUCUCGUCGCACCGACCCGGUUCCCUCUCCUCGUACUACCCACAUGCCCUUCGUCGCCUGUGGAAACGUCCAGGCAGUGGCUCAUCGCCACGUUCAGGGGUCACCUCGGCGAUAUCAGCGACAAGGAUGACAUCGUUCUUCGAGACUCGGACGAAGCCACAACACAAUGCUCGCACAUCUGACCUCUCUGAAGAUGCUGGCCCAUUCAGCUACGCAGAGAGGCUGAGGCUGCAGAACCGUGAGGCUGAGCCUGAAGACGCUCUCACCACGAUCGGUUACGCGUCCUCCAUUGGGGCAAAUGAACUGGAACAAAUUUGCGAAGAAGAAGAGGGUGUCCCGGGCCCUUCUCUGCAGCAGCUACAGCCGCAGCAGCCGUCACAGAGGCCAUUCUCGCCAGUGGAGCAAGCUUCGACUGCUAUGGAGACUGUCCAGCCUAGGAGGGGCCGCUUGACGUUCAACGUGUAGAAUUUUUGAGCCGUUGUUCCUCUUCCCUAUUCCCGUUUUUCCCCUCUGUUCUUUCUCACUCAGUCGCGAUGUAGGCAGAUGGCGUCCCGCCUUGCGUUCCACUGUUGAAGCUGUACCAAUUUUGUACUUGUUUUUUUACUUGUUACUAAAGCUACGUAACAAUGAUGAAGAUGGCGCCGAUGACGACGACGAUGAUGGCUCCGAUGAUGAUAUAGCGGUUACUUCGAACACUGAUGUCGAUCACGAGGCCACUUUAAAAAGUUUUACCGCCUUGGGUUCUCUUCCCCAGACUAAAAGUGGGAUUAGUUUCAUUCUUCUUGUGGGUGUGGAGAAAGAGGCCGUGGCAGCACCUCUGUCU